AUGCAUGCAGCACUUGACCGCCACCUGAAAGAGAAAGGCCAUUCUUUGUCAAUUAUAAAGGACAGAGAAUUUUUGAGUUCUCGAAAAGUGCUAGAGGGAAAUGCGCGUAAGCUGCGAAACGAAGGUAAAGGAAAAUUGCCAAAUAAGUCACGAAGCCUAACAAGAGAGGAAGAAGAAGUGCCGUGGGAAUGUGGACAGCUUGGAAAUUCAUCUUCCACGUCCCUCCUUUACACAAUGUGGUGGCUCCUGUCACAGCAUCUUGGUUUACGUGGCUGCCAAGAACACUACACAAUGAAUGUGGAGGAUUUCACGCUUAAUAAAGACGACAACGGCAACGAGUUCAUAACAUUCGCAGAAGGCCCCACAAAAACACGGCAAGGAGGAUAA